CGCAAGAUGGCGACCGAAACCCGGAAGUGAGCGGCGUCCGCCGGGAGGAUCGGAGAAACUGAGGCGCUCCAGGCUCCACGCCCGGCCGCAGCUGGGUUCGAGGACAUGAUGUCACCACUGCCGCCACAGAACAGAUAGCUGCUCCUGUGACCCAAGUCACAGAGCCCCUGCCUGCUACCUGGCUAAGGAUACGUACUCCCGCCUGCCACCCGAUGCUCGCAGUGGGACCUACCAUGGACGGGGAGUACCCUCAGCAUGAACUCCCAGCAGCAGGCAGCAUCCCACUACAGAAUGCCCUCCUGCACUGUCCCUGGUGGAGCAGCUUCUCCCAGGCGCCGUAUCCAGCCUUCUCUGAGAGCCCCCAGUUCAUGAACUCCACCUUCCUGGGUGGCCAGCCCUGCCCAGACACCAGCUAUGCUUCUGCAGCCACCACCUCCAGCUUCCUACCAAAGAGCAGUGACUUUCCUCAGGUGAGAACUGUACACGCCAUACAUGGCAUAUCCCUCCUCCCCUCUGUGCCUGUCCCUGUGUCCACGCGCUGCCCCG